ACCACAGCAACCAUCCCUUUCACCUUGAGGCCAGAAAGGCAACGGCGCAUCUCAUUAUGAGAGCGCACCGGGCCACAGCCAUUCCAUGCUCGCUCCAGCAAUCCGAUCAUCCCAGCAUUCUGUAGCACAUUCUAGACCGAGCGUCCUCCGCCCUCUCCGAGGAUGUCUACGAUUACCACCACAGACAUCAGUACUAUCUAGACACAAUCGACAACCUCCUACACGUUCAUGCUCAUUCCCGGUGGAACAAUACCUCAACCUACGCGCGUUCAGUGCCACGACAGCCUACCAACGAACCCGGUACCUCAUCUCCGAAGGCCGCACGACGAAUCCAACAAAAGACGACAACACUUCGAACCAUCCGGCCCCUUCCCCGUUCUACUUCGAGACAGGCUAUUCCAUCUUCGCAAAGCGACCCUCCCGUCCGUUCCCACCACCAUUCGUAUCUCCCCCUUCAGGCUCCUUCUCUGAACCUCUUACACAACACAACCCCCCCCGCGGCCGACGCCCGUACGUCAACGGCCAACCACUCCGAGGCGUCACAAACGGCGACGAUGCAAUCAUAAUUGGCGAUGCUAACUUCAUCGCGGUCGAUGACGGCGUCGGCGCCUGGGCACAGAAAGAAAGAGGCCACGCAGCCCUUUGGUCCAGACUUAUAGCACAUUUCUGGGCCAUCGAGGUGGAAAAGUCCUUCCAGAAAGAAGACGUAGACAUUUCAGACCUGGACCCCAUCCAGAGUCUAGAAGAGGCGUAUGCUCAAACCAAAGCGGCUCUCAAGGGUACUCUAAAGGACGAGGACAUAGCGAAAGACGACAGGGAACCCGCGAAGCCGCCCCCAGAGAAUAAGGAUGGCGAGCCCAAAGUCGAACCGCCUGGUGAGAACGACAUCCUAGGCACCACGACCGCCUCGUCUGCCCUGCUUCACUACAAAUCCUCCGGUUCAUCGCCACAGCCCGUCAUCCUCGCCACAACGCUAGGCGACUGCAAGGUACUCAUCAUCCGGCCUUCAGACAAAUCCGUCCUGUACCGCUCCAAAGAACAGUGGCAUUGGUUCGACUGCCCUCGCCAGCUCGGCACGAACUCUCCCGAUACGCCGCUCGACAACGCCGUCACUGACACUGUCGACAUCGAGCCAGGCGACGUCGUGGCGGUCCUCAGCGACGGCGUCACCGACAAUCUAUGGGAGCACGAGAUCGGCGACACUAUUUCCCAGUGCGUCGAGAAGUGGACCUCAGGUCAAGACGAGGCCAAAGAUGGAAUCGUCUACGUUGCACGCACACUCAUGAACGCCGCACGCGAGGUCGCCGAAGACCCCAACGCCGAGUCACCCUACAUGGAGCGCGCGUUUGACGAAGGUAUCGCCGCAGAAGGUGGCAAAUUGGACGAUAUCAGUGUCGUGCUCGGGAUAUGUCGGAAGAAAGAGUAGCAUCUACGACACGGACGUCAUGUUUGCCUGGCACAACGGGGCCAAGAUAUCAUCCAAUCUAAUGAAAAGCAACUUGCACUGGUUUGUUUGAGCGAUGGGGAAAGCAACUGGAUUUUGGAUUGGAUUUGAUUGGGUGUUCUGGAGUGUACUCUUGGGAACCACAGUGGGAACUGUAAAAGGGCGUACAGUGGAAUUUGAACUGUUUUGCACAAUGAGUAUGAUGUAGGCGAACAUGAUACCAGACUUUUAUGAUCACAACUCUUCCAGAUGAGAAAUG